AUGCUGAGCUUAUCAUAUUUCUAAUAAAGGAACUUAAAUCUCCAAAAAAAAGAUAUAUAAAAGCUAAGAAUUUAAUUUAGAAUCUUUUCAUAUUCUUAUAUUUAUCUACUGUCUUUGUUAUAUUUCUUUCUUGCUUUUAAUUUCAGCAUGAGGAAAAAAAUUAAAUCCUUUUUAUUUUUUCCUUUUAUCCUCUUUAAUAUAAGAAAUUUCAAUUUCCUCUCGACUGAUAGAAUUAAAUCAAUUGCAUCCUAUAUAGUAGGAUACCAAAUAAUAUUUAUCCUGAUAAAUCAUUCAAUAAAGCUUAAAGCUAUGAUGAUAAUAAUAAAUACAAUAGAUAUAAAGAUUUAAAUGUUUUAAAGAGGAAGAAAAACUUAUAAAAACGCAAUGCUUGUUGUUAAUAGACAAAAUUAGAGAAGCUAAUCAAAUAUUUGA